AUGAACACCACUACAGUCAUCACUGAAUAUGCCAGCGUCGUCAAUGCUCCAGCAACGGAAGUCUGGGGCAUCGUGGCAUCUUGGGGUUGUGAGAGCCUCUGGAUGCCCAACUGUACCUCGUCAACCCUUGAGGGAUAUGGCAUCGGCUCCGUCCGCAAUCUCGCCUUUACUACACGACCAGGUAUCACGACCAAAGAGACUCUGGAGGAAGUCAAUGCCGCCGAAUACACCUUGCGCUUCCGAGUCGACAUAAGCACGGCCAAAGAUGCCACUCAGUUUGGCAACGUCAAGCUUGAACCUCUCAGCGAUAAGCAAACUAGGGUUGUCUGGAAAGGCGAAUCGAGUUUGGACGACACUGGUUUGAAGGGUACUCUAGACGCACUUUACGAGGGGUUCAACGACGCAAUCUCCAACUUGUGGGAGAAAUAG